AUGAACUCUCCCUCAGGGCCACGAGUCCCUUCAAGCUUAACUUGUGAUCCCAGCCUUACAGCCAGCCCUGCCCUACAUGGCAUUUGGAACAGCACUCAGAAUGUCUCUGCAGGAGCCCAGCUUCUAUCUGCUAACCCCACGGCAUCUGGACCUCGGGCUGCUGCCUGGGCCCCCUUCCCCACAGUCGAUGUCCCAGACCAUGCUCACUACACCCUGGGCACAGUCAUCCUGCUGGUGGGGCUCACAGGGAUGCUGGGCAAUCUGACGGUCAUCUACACCUUCUGCAGGAACAGAGGCCUGCGGACACCAUCGAACAUGUUCAUUAUCAACCUUGCAGUCAGCGACUUCCUCAUGUCCUUCACCCAGGCCCCGGUCUUCUUUGCCAGCAGCCUCUACAAGAAAUGGCUCUUUGGGGAGGCAGGUUGCGAGUUCUACGCCUUCUGUGGGGCUGUCUUUGGCAUCACUUCCAUGAUCACCCUGACAGCCAUCGCCCUGGACCGCUAUCUGGUGAUCACACGUCCACUGGCCACCAUCAGGAUGGGAUCCAAAAGACGAACGGCGCUUAUCCUGCUCGGCGUCUGGCUGUACGCCUUGGCCUGGAGUCUGCCACCCUUCUUUGGCUGGAGUGCCUACGUUCCUGAGGGGCUGCUGACAUCUUGCUCCUGGGACUACAUGACCUUCACCCCCCGGGUGCGUGCCUACACCAUGCUGCUCUUCUGCUUCGUCUUCUUCCUCCCCCUGCUCAUCAUCAUCGGCUGCUACGUCUUCAUCUUCAAGGCCAUCCGAGAGACAGGCCGGGCCUUCGAGGGCUGCGGUGAGUCUCCUCUGCGGCGGCGGCAGUGGCAGCGGCUGCAGAGUGAGUGGAAAAUGGCCAAGAUCGCACUGAUUGUCAUCCUCCUCUUCGUGUUAUCCUGGGCUCCCUACUCCACGGUGGCCCUGGUGGCCUUUGCUGGGUACUCGCACAUCCUGACGCCCUACAUGAACUCAGUGCCAGCUGUCAUCGCCAAGGCUUCUGCCAUCCACAACCCCAUCAUUUAUGCCAUCACUCACCCCAAGUACAGGGUGGCCAUUGCCCAGUACCUGCCCUGCCUUGGCGUGCUCCUUGGAGUCUCAGGCCAGCGCAGCCAUCCCUCCCUCAGCUACCGAUCUACCCACCGUUCCACACUGAGCAUCCAGUCCUCUGACCUCAGCUGGAUCUCCGGACGGAAGCGUCAAGAGUCCCUGGGUUCUGAGAGUGAGGUGGGCUGGACGGACACAGAAGCAACAGCUGCGUGGGAAGCUGCCCUGCGAACAAGUGGGCUAUCCUUCUGCAGUCAGGACCUGGAAGAUGGGGAAGUCAAGGCCUCUUCCAGCCCCCAGACCAAGAGAUACUUCCCCAGCCUGGACCUCGGGAUGUAG